AUGGUGGUGGAAGGGUUUCGGCUGCCGCCCCAAUAUCCCACCUUUAGGACUAACUGUUGUAACGGGGAGGGAGAAGGGGAAAUAAAGCCGAAGUUCCUGGUUCUGUUGUUCCCCGGAAGUCCGGCCGGUGUUUUUGGACGGGCGGGUGGGGCCCUGAAAACCAAGGGCUCCCCAAGAAGCGCGGGAGGGGGCCUUCUGCGUUAUAAAAAGGUAUCGGGCGCGCCCAGUUUUCCAGUCGGUUUCGGGCCAGGAGAAGCGCAUCUGUUCUUCUAUCGCCAUGGGCCCGACCCGCAGACCGCCCGUAAGUCCACCGGUGGCAAAAGCCCAAGGCAACUGGCUACCAAGGCCGCCCGCAAGAGCGCUCCGGCCACCGGCGGCGUGAAGAAGCCUUCCACCCCAACCGUCCCGGCACCUGGCCCGCGGAGAUCCGGCCGGCAGAAGUCAACGGGCUGCUGAUCCGCAAGCCUUGCCUUCCAGCGCCUGGUGCGGCGAGGAUUCAAGACGGGUUUGCGCUUCCAGGCUCGGUUGGCUCUGGAGGAGGCGGAGGCGUACUUGGUGGGCCUGUUCGAAGACACGACUUGCGCCAUCCACGCCGGGAGGGUGACCAUCAUGCCCAAGGACAUUCAGCGGCCCGCCCGCAUCCGUGGUGAGCGGGCGGGGCGUCCUUUCCCCCGGGAAUUCCACCCAAAGGCUCUUUCAGAGCCCCAUUUUCCCAGGUAG